UGCUUAGUAUUACAUUGCAAUUCGUGUCGGUUAGUACGGCCAAGUGAUUAGUUCCGUAAGUUCACGCAGGAACGUUUUUUUUUUGUCAAGAACAUACAGAGUCAAGAUACAACGUACGUCUGAAAGCGGCGACAUCGACAGCUAAAGAAACAAACAACACCACCAAAAAAAGAGUACACAAGACUAUAUAGCAUUCGUAGCAAUUUCGAGUAAACGCAAACUAUUGAUGCGUCCAAUCUAACAUUUAAUCGGAAUUUUCGGUUUUUUUUUCUUUCCCUUUCGUCAAGCGUGUUUUGUUCACGUUUUUCAUGAUUGUUGUGUGCCUUGGACUGUUUUGGAAUUGGUAAUCGUGUGACCAACGUUAAUGUGUGAUAAGAAUUAAAAUAAAAUAAAAACGAAGGAAAGAAAUUGCAAACUUAUUCAUUUAUCUUGAAUCACAAUAAUUUUCCUUCCGGUUUCAAAUUCGAUGUUUGCUUGGCAGUGAUUUUUAUCUCCAUUUAUUGACGGGGCGGUGUGUAAUUUUGGGUGUUUUAAUAUAUCGAAUAAUUUUUAUAAUUAAAAGAGAGAAUAGAAAUACACACAGACACAUACGAAAAUAAAAGAAAUUUUGAUUAUUGAAGGAGUUAGUGGUAGAAGUGCAACGUAAAAAUGGCUACAAAUAAUGUAUUUAAUAAGCUCAAGAAUAAGGAGCUCACCGACGAUGAGCGCACUGAAAUGAAGGAAAAAUUCGCUGAUAUUGAUAAAAACAACGAUGGGUUCAUUGAACUGAACGAGUUGAAAGAUGCGCUAGAUCAAUGCGGUUUUAAAUUGCCGGGGUAUCGAGUACGUGAAAUGAUCGCUGAAUAUAGCAAACAGAAUGUUAGCACUCAGGGUAAAUUAUCGUACGAAGAGUUUGAGGCAUUAUGUACGGAUUUGAAGGCAAAAGAAGUGGCCAGCACAUUCAAAACGGCCGUCUCGAAAAAGGAAAAUGUUGAAAAAUUGGGCGGCAUGUCAAGUCAAUCGGCUGACGGUACAACACAUUCGGUGCGCAUGGAAGAACAAUUAGCAUUUUCCGAUUGGAUCAAUUCCAAUUUAAUUUUAGACAAAGACCUAAAGCAUUUGUUGCCAAUUGAUGGUGAAGGCAAGACAUUGUAUCAAAAAAUCAAGGAUGGCAUAUUGCUGUGUAAAAUCAUAAACCAUUCGUGCCCGGAUACAAUCGAUGAACGUGCUAUAAACAAGAAAAACUUGACCGUUUAUCGUGAAUUUGAGAAUUUGACAUUGGCUCUGGUUUCCUCGCAAGCAAUUGGUUGCAACAUUGUCAAUAUUGAUGCUCAUGAUUUGGCUAAGGGUAAACCGCAUUUGGUACUCGGUUUACUUUGGCAAAUUAUUCGUAUCGGUCUAUUUUCACACAUUUCACUUGACAAUUGCCCACAAAUUGCAACACUUUUAUUGGAUGGCGAACGAUUAGAGGAUCUUUUGAAGUUAUCACCCGAAGCAAUUCUAUUGCGUUGGGUUAACUAUCAUUUGGAGCGUGCCGGUGUUGCCAGACGAUGCACUAAUUUCCAAAGCGACAUCACCGAUUCUGAAGUCUAUUCAUAUUUAUUGAAACAAAUUGCACCAGCCGAUGCCGGUGUUACGGUUGAAGCAUUGCGCGAACAUGAUUUGAGUAAUCGGGCAGAGGUUAUGUUGCAACAAGCAGCCAAACUGAAUUGUCGCAGUUUUCUUACACCACAAGACGUUGUGAACGGUGUGUACAAAUUGAAUUUGGCUUUCGUUGCCAAUCUGUUCAACAAUCAUCCAGGCCUCGAUCAACCCGAACAAAUCGAAGGACUCGAUGCAAUUGAAGAAACGCGCGAGGAGAAGACGUAUCGAAACUGGAUGAAUUCCAUGGGGGUGAAUCCACACGUGAAUUGGUUGUAUUCAGAUUUGGCCGAUGGUUUAGUAAUCUUCCAAUUGUUCGACGUCAUUAAACCUGGUUCAGUGAAUUGGAAUCGUGUGCACCGUAAAUUCUCUCCGUUGCGAAAAUUCAUGGAAAAACUUGAAAACUGUAAUUAUGCCGUUGAAUUAGGAAAACAGCUGAAAUUUUCGUUGGUCGGCAUCGCUGGGCAUGAUCUUAGUGACGGAAAUGCAACAUUGACUUUGGCAUUGAUUUGGCAAAUUAUGCGCGCAUACACAUUAUCGGUGCUAACAAGUUUGGCCCAUUCAAAUACGCCAAUAAUUGAAAAGGAGAUUGUUGCUUGGGUGAACAGUAAAUUGGAAUCGGCCGGAAAAACAAGCAGCAUACGAAACUUCCAAGAUUCAAGAAUAGCCGAUGGCAAAAUUGUCAUCGAUUUGGUCGAUUCAAUCAAACCGGGAAGUGUCAACUAUGACAAUAUCAAGAGUGGUGAAUCUGAAGAGGAUCAUUUGGCAAAUGCAAAAUAUGCAAUUUCAAUGGCACGAAAGAUUGGUGCUCGUGUGUACGCGCUUCCAGAGGAUAUAACCGAAGUAAAACCGAAAAUGGUGAUGACAGUAUUUGCAUGCUUGAUGGCAAUGGAUUACAUUCCAAACAUGGAUUCGGUGCAGAAUCAAAACAACUCAACACCGGUCGUUGCUACAGAAACGACAUACGUUCAAAGUAACGGUGACUAGGCGCGGUCAUUUUUGUGCACCACGCAUUUCAAGCACAAUAACAAAUAAAUGAUAGCAUUCAUGUAGUAUUCGUGAUUGAAUCCCCGAUUUCAUUAGUUUGAUAAGAGAGUAAUGGAAAAAAAGCAGUUGCAAUUAAAUAGCAAAACGAACCAAUGAAUAGAAACGAAUUGAAUAAUAAUAAUAAUGAUAAAAUAAAAGCGAAAUGGACAAAGAGUGAAAUAUCGGAAUAAACAAAUGGGAACGAAAGCAAAUGGCACAUAGAUUAGAGUUUAUUCUCGAAGUUGAGUUUAUUGCUUCGGAAUUUGUAUUUUAAUUGUAUGGCCGUAUCUUAUCACUGAAGAUAACCACAUUUUUUUUUAACAAAAAAAGAAAAGUGACUCUUUUUUCCAAAGAAUUUUCGACGGAUGCAAAGUUCUUAAUAAUUGUUUGAAAAACCAUCAGCAAAAUAUUGAUUGAUUAACAUUUUAGCUAAAGAAAUUCUUUCUUAAGAAAAAAAAAA